AUGAGAAAAUCCUUCGAGGAUGAGGGUUCAUCCAAGUGGCGCCUGUUGAGCACAGUCCUAGCAAGGACUCUGCUGGUGUCCGGAGGUUGGUCGGAGGCUGGUUCCAACACGGCAACGCUCAUGGGACGCCCUGCGGCCGUCCGGACCCUGACCAAAGUGGUGUUCGUGGGUGCGGCGCUCACGGCUGCUCUGGUGUCCGACUGUCCCGAGAGCUGCCGCUGCACUGAGCGCGACGGACUGACGGUGCAGUGCGUGUCCCGCGACCUCGAGGUGAUCCCGGGCGACCUGCCACGCAACACCGUCACCCUGCUGCUGGCCUCCAACCGCAUCAGCCACGUGCCCCGUGGGUCCUUCAGAGAACUGCCGCAGCUGCAGGAGCUCGACUUGUCCCGCAACGCCAUCGAGACGCUGGACGCCGGGUCUUUCCAGGGUGUGUCCGCAGAGCUGCGCUCUCUCGACCUGUCCCGCAACCGCCUGCGCAGCCUGCCACGCAACGCCUUGUCCCAGCUGCGUGCCCGCGUGCGCCUCUCCCACAACCCGUGGCACUGCGAGUGCUCCCUGCAGGAGGCGCUCCGGGAGCUGCGCCUCGAGCCCGACACGGUCGGCGAGGUCCGCUGCUUCACGGCCGUGCGAGAGGAGUUCCGUGGUCGAUCCAUCAUCCAGGUGCUCGACUCGGGCAUCGACUUCUGCAGCUUCCGCCACAAGACGAUGGACGUGGCCAUGUUCGUCACCAUGUUUGCCUGGUUCGCCAUGGUCAUCGCCUACGUCGUCUGCUAUGUGAGGCACAACCGGGAGGAGGUCCACAGGCACCUCGAGUACCUCAGAUCGCCGCCCGGCAGCUCACACAGCAGCAAGGACUUUGAGAGUGUGAAUACAGGGCUGUAGGGCCACCUCAGCGUGUGUGCGAGACGUGCCGAGAGAUACUGGAGACGGGUUCUCUUUGUCCUUAUGGUGGUGCGUUUCCACGGUGACAAACCCUAGGUUUACAUUUGGCCCGUUGGUAUCAUGCAAGUGAAAGACCCCUAAAUGUCUACCGUUCGGAGUCGCUACAGCUCCCCGU